UUUAGAAGUGAAAAUUCGUUAUUUUCCCCUGCUCUGGAAAUAUAAGCUGUAGAAUUGUUCGAAUGCUACGCGAGUCUCCUCUCUUAUUCUCGCUCUCUUGGAUUCCGCUGAUCUGCCUUUCAUUCCGCUGAUCUGCCUUUCAUUCCGCUUGCGAGAAUCCGCAAUCCGCUGUUAGCAGAACAGAUAUCUCGAAUUUGUCCCUCUUCGCAUGUAAUAUAUGCUGUGCUUUUCAAGAUGUGCACGCAACCUGUUUGUCAAAAAUCCCCAAAGAAAAAAUUACACGAUAGGUCCUGUGAUCGAUGCUACUUCAGCCAAAAAACAAGCAUAUUACGAAGACCCAGUUGGAUUCUUUGCUCAACAAGAGGAUGUAAUUUCUUGGACUUCUAAAAUCACCAACUUGGUAAGAACAGGCCAGCCGGAUUCGGCUUUUGGCUUCUUCAAGAUGAUGUUCGCAAAUGGGCACAGGCCAAAUCAUGUGACAAUGCUGAGCGUAUUAAGAGCGAUUGACGCAUUAAGCUGGGAAUCAACGAUUGAGGUGAUGCAUGGAGGAGUGAUCAAAAUGGGGUUUGAAUCAGAAGUGGCAGUUUCAACGGCUCUUCUUGGGUUUUAUUCAAUGCGUGAUAUUGGGAUCGUUUGGAAGUUGUUUUAUCAGAUACCUUAUAAGGAUGUUGUUUUGUGGAGUGCUGUGAUCUCGGCAUGCGUGAAAAAUGGCCAGUUUAUUGAAGCAUUUCAUCUUUUCAGAGAGAUGCAAUAUCAAGGUGUUCAUCCAAACCAUGUAAGCAUUGUAAGCAUUCUACCUGCUUGUGCUGAUUUUGGUGCUCUAUCUUUGGGUAAAGAGAUUCAUGCGUUUUCAAUGAGAAGGGAUUUUUAUUCUAUAGUUAACAUUCAGAACUCACUCAUGGAUAUGUAUUCAAAAUGUAGAAAUCUUGAGGCGUCAAUUAGAGUUUUGAAGACUAUGAGGAAAAAGGACAUGGUGUCAUGGAGAACUGUAACUCAUGCGUGUAUCCAAAACAAUUGUCCUAGUAAAGCCUUUAAAAUUUUCACAAGGAUGCGGUCUUUUGGAUUCGAAUUGGGUGAAACGAUGAUGCUGGACUUUAUAGCUGCUGUGUUAUUAGUUGAUGAACUUGUACUUGGCUUGGCUGUUCAUUGUUAUGCGCUGAAAGGUGGUUUUCUCUGUUUUAUUUCAGUUGGAACUGAACUGCUCCAAAUGUAUGCUAAAUUUGGUGAAUUGGGGUUGGCCAAACUUACAUUUGAUGAGCUUGUUGACAAAGAUAUCAUUGCAUGGAGCGCAAUGAUCUCAGCAUACUCUCAUGGUGAAGAACCACUUAGUGUCAUCCAGACAUUUAAAAUGAUGCAAUCAACUAAUGAAAGGCCUAAUGCUAUAACUUUUGUAAGUCUAGUGAAUGCCUGUUCUUCAUUGGAUGCUCAGGAACUGGGAGAAAGUAUACACGCUCAUAUAACGAAAUCUGGUUACUCGUCUAAUACACGUUUGAUGUCUGCUUUGGUUGAUUUUUACUGCAUACUUAGAAGGGUAAAGCUAGGAGAACAUGUUUUUGAUGAGAUUUUGACAAAGGAUUUAGUUUGUUGGAGUACAAUGAUUAAAGGGUACGGUAUGAAUGGCUAUGGGAACGAGGCACUCAAUACAUUUUCGGACAUGUUAAGUUAUGGUUUGAAGCUGAAUGGGACGCUCUUCGUUUCUCUUUUAUCGGCUUGUGCUCAAUGUGGAUUGGAAAAGGAAGGUUGGAUGUGGUUUAAUUCAAUGAUUGACGAGUAUAACAUUACUCCAACAGUGGCACAUUAUGCUUGUAUGGUGGAGUUGCUUGCUAGGCAAGGAAAAAUUAGAGAAGCUGUUGAAUUUGUGAAUAAAAUGGCAGUAGAACCUGAUACAAGGAUCUGCGGUGCUCUUUUUGCUGGUUGUAAAUUAAAUCAUGGGUUCUCUGACAUCGCUGAUUCUAUUGUUCAACAGCUCAAUGCUUUAGAACCAAACAAUUCUGACUUUCAUGCAAUGUUGCACAACUUUUGUGCUGAGAAAAACAUGGAUGAAAGGGGAUUAAGGAAGAUGUAAUAGUAAUAACAAGACCACGGCAAGUUUCAUCAGGGAGAAGUUGUACCUUCCCAUGUCCUAGAUACCAUUUGGAUUGUUCGACCCUGUUUCGUUUUAUUAGAAGCAAAGAUCACUGGGAAGAUCGAAGUCUCAACCCUUGUUCUUGCGACGCUAAAGGGCUUAUGAAGUAAUCGGCCAGCAAAAAGCUCGCUAAGCUUCUUUUCGCUCUCCUCUUCGCUUUUUUCAAGGCAGUGGUAAGUCUUCAUGAAAAUGCGAAUGAGAUAACUGAUGGGAGCAGGCAAAUUUGUCAGGGGGCGGAAUUCUUGAAGCGCUUCUCGUCAAUGCCAAAAACAACAGACGCGCCAAUCUACUUGGUACUCUCCGCUUGUAGGCUUGUUAUUCAUCAACUUGGUUCCCCAGCAUAUAACGCACGGUGAUGGUGAUCAAGAACGAUACUUACAAAUGAGAAAUGAAUAUAGGAUUCAAAUUCUUCACCAAAGUAAGAUGCAUAUAGAAAAUUUCCUAAAAUCCAUUACAAUGGUUGUUCUUGUAAGUCACUGCAGUCUCUUCACUUCUUUCAAGAAGAAAUAGUACUGAAGGAAGCAAGAUGGGCACUACAAUUGAGAAGCAGCCAAGAACAUUUGUGCAAAGUUAUGCAUCCUAAAAUCCCAGGAAAGAAGUAUAAUUCAUCAAAAUGAAAGAAAGAAAAAACGAACAAGAACAAAGAGAAAAAGAGAGACGAAUAGGAACAGAAGCAAAGCCUAUUUACCUUCGAAACUCGAGUUCAAUAAGAGAACAAACAAAGCUAGUUUUGCUAAGACAAAGUGGAGCAAAACUGCUUUACCUCCUUCAAUAAGGCGGGCAGCAUUCACCAAAAUUCUUCAAAGUGAUUGAAAGAAAAAUACAUCGGUUUAGGUUUUUUUUUUUUUUUUUUUUUCAUUUUCCAUGUGAUUUUCCUUCCUGUUAUUUUUAAUAUAAAAACAAAAGAUUUCUAUCUUCAUUUCUUAUGUAACGGUUAGAACAUUUGGUACAUCAUAUUGAAAGUACCAUAAAUUUAUUUUA